AUGGCAGCCAAGCAGUUGUAUAGGCUGUCGCCUUCCUUAGGCCACUUACUUGGUAAGAGCGAGCUUACUCGCCCUGCUGCAAUUAAAGAAUUUUGGGCUUAUGUCAAGGAGCAUAAGCUGCAAGAUCCUCAAGACGGACGAGUGAUCCAUUCAAAUCAUGAGAUCAUGAAGUGUUUUAAUGUCAAGACAAUAAACUUCACGCAAGUGCUGGGACUUAUCUCGAAACACCUGGAGAAACAAGAAAAAUUGUGA